AUGUCUACCGCUUUGCUCCGGUCUCAAGCUGCUCGUUCUGUCGCCGCGUCCGCGCGCGCGACACCUGUGUUCGCGCGUGCAGCGUACCCACAUGUUCGCACAUACGCGGUCACUCCUGACCCAACUCAGCCAACCGACUCGCCAACGCCGUCAGACGUCCCCAAGCCCGAGAAGAGCAACAUGCUCUGGAUCCUCGGCGGCGUGACCGCGGCAUCCGUUGGAGCAUGGUAUUACUUGAACAUGGAAGGGGAGAACGUCCACGAGAAGCGCCAGAAGGAUGCGGAGGAGGCAGCGCAGAAGGCAAGGGAAUUGAGCGACGCAGGGAAGCGCACCGCGCAGGAUGCUGUCAAGGAAGGCCAGAAGGGAUACUACGACCUAAAGGCCGCGGGCAAGGACAAGCUCCAUAGUGCGGAAGCAACCGCGAACGAGUAUGCGGCUGACACGCGUGGCACGGUCACGAAGCAGUACGACGCGGCCAAGGCGUCAGCAGCAGACACUUACAACGCCGCUACGGCGAAGGUGGGCGACGCUGAGGCUGCCGCCAAGGCGACGUACGCUGAUGCGAAGCAGAAGGCGAACGAGACGACGCAGAGCUGGGGCUCAUGGUUUGGGAGCUGGUUCGGCUACGGCAAGAAGAAAGCGGAGGCGGCAGAGUCCAGGACUGCUGCUGAUGUAGCCGCUAGCGCGUCGAAGGUGCAAAGGGAAGCUGAGAAGCGGGAGUAG